GCAUUGAAACGCCUGAUUGCAGGAUACACUGUCGCGUUCAUUUUCUCUAAUGCUCCUCUCCAUUUUCAUACAAAUCUCCUUUCUUUCCUCAUGAUUAUCAAACCAUGAUUCCUCUACCCCCUCCCUCAGUCCGGAGCAAUUUCAUCCGCCACAUUCAUCUCAGCGGCGUCACCCCCUUUCACAUUGCUCAAACUAUUCAAUCUACCCUCGUAUCCAGAUUGCUCGAAUAUAAGAAGGAAACCUCAGCACAUCAACACCCCGACCCCAAACCACCCGCCCCAAUCCCCACAGUCCUCACAUUCCAACCCACCCCCGUCUACACCAUCGGACGGCGCGAGCUACAAACCCCUCUCUCAGAUGCCCUCCUCAAAUCUCUUCGCGAGCCCUUAAUUCCCCGUUCAACCACCCAUCUCCCCACCAUCCGCCCACCAUUCACCCCCUCCCACAAAAACGAACAAAUACCCGACGUAGUGCAAACCCCGCGCGGCGGACUUAUCACAUUCCACGGUCCAGGCCAACUAGUCAUCUAUCCCAUCAUCGACCUACUCACCUUCCGCAACUUCGGCGCAAAAUGCUACGUCAACCUCCUCGAAGAAUCCACCAUCCGACUUCUCCACAAAUUGGGCCUCACGAUCCUAGGAAGAACAGACAAUCCAGGAGUCUGGUUGAACGAGCACGAAAAAAUCGCAAGUCUCGGUGUCCACCUACGGAGAAACGUGAGUAGUUACGGCGUAGGACUCAACAUGAUCAUGGAACGAGGCUGGUGGGAUCGCAUCACGGCCUGCGGGCUGGAAGGGAAAAAAAUCGUAGGAAUCGAUGAACAAAUAUUCGAUUUAGAAAAAAGGGGUUUCGCAAACCAGCAAGAUAACUGGAGCUCCUCAUAUAAAGCUUUGCUACGAAAUGGAGCCGCGGUGGCCCGAACAUGGGUCGACGAAUUUGCCGGCGAACUAGGACGUCUGGACCGCGGGGAGAAAUACAAGGAGAGUAGAUCCGAGAGUGAAAAUGAUGUCAUAUCUACACUGGAUGAAAGUAGUAAGUCUGAAAAUGUAAAUGCGACGCAUUGGACGGGAUGGGAAGAUAUGCCCGAAUCGGUGAAGGAAUUGAUUCCGCUUGAUAUACGCGGAGGAAAUGAAUUGAAUGUUAGUACGGGCGGUGGAUAUGUGGAAUAUCGUCCGUGGAGGGAGUAGGAAAAACUAUAAAUAACUACUAUACAUGAGUUUUCCUUUUGCUUGUAAGAUGUUUACGAGGAAAACAAUUAGGGUGUAGUAGAUGAAAAUGAGUCAAAAUGA